AAGAGAUCGGCGAUGGAGGGCGAUGACUCAAAGGCGCUGGAGGAAGCGCUCUCUUUCCUCGCCGACUGCGAGGCGUCGACCGAUUGGCUACUCGGAUCUGCCGCUGCGAUGGACCUAGCUGACCUGGGACUCGGUGAUUAUAGCGGUGAACUGGACGUGGACCUGGAACUACCAACGCUAAUGGAGCAACCGAUUCACGCGUUUGAAGCCACCCCCUAUCAGCAGAUGACUCCCCGCAGACCGCCAGUUUCGGAAACUGUCGUGGCACUCCAAAGGCGUGAUAGAAGUACAAGUAUCUUUACGGGAAGCCCCACUUCGUUAACAAGCAGUCCAACGCUGCAGACACAGGAUUUCAAGGGCAACAAAAUCAAGCAACCACGUAAAUACUCGAAUCGCGCUCGAGACGCACGCCGAGAAGAGUUGGUGUAUCUGCGUCAAAAAGUGAAGGGACUGCAGCUGCAGUUGGACCAACUGCGCAGUACACGCAAGCCUCAAACCGUAUCGGCGCAGUUUUCAUCUGUCGCUGCCCCACCAUCAGCAGUGGAGCGAAAGGAUGCCAGGAUGAAAAAUAAAUUGGCAGCAAUGCGCACCACCAAGAUGUCGACUGGAACACCAUCUGCUACCUUUUCAUCGGUUGCGGCACCCAUGGCGAGCACUGCAUCUCCAGCGCACUUAGCCGCGGUGUGGGGGGACAUGGCGCAGCGCCAGGCCUUGGAGAGGCAAAAGGCAGAGCGUGAGAACGUUCGGCUAAAGUUGGUUUUGGAGAAGCAGAUCAAGGUGGCAAAGAGCCUUGAGCGCAUCCUAAGAAAACGCCAAAAUGAACGAGUCUUGGGUGGGCCGAGCAAACGAAUUCGCCGAGUAUCACCCGUGCCGGGGCCUGGUGCGGCACGUGAUGACCGCGCAGAUUUCGAUAUGCUGCUUUCUGGGAUCGAGAGAUCCCGUCAGGAGCUGGAUGCCGUUUUCGAAGCCAAUGGUUUAGGACGCAUGGAAACAGCACACCGCACCGCGAAGAUCGAGCACGAUGCAACUCGGGGCAUGGUGAUGGAAAUCUACGCGAAUAAGGUCAUGCCAUUUGACAUGCCCACGACGGGAAAGGCAGUGUGGCGUCAUUUCGCACACUCGAUGGACCACAUGCCUCACCGUACAUACUACGAGAAACAACCGCUGCAUAUUGAAGCUAGUGACGACACCGUGGUGGAACGCUACGGCCUUGAGAUGACGGACGGUCAUACGAAUGGGGACUUCCACGUGAAGCACAUCAUCCGGCGAUACGUGGAACAGGAUCGCAUUAUUGUUGUGUGGCGUACGAUAACAGAUACGGUGGAAUUUUCGGCCGAGCCAACUCCAGGUAUCCGCUUCUUGGAGAAAGGCUACAUCGUGAUCAAACCUCCUGCUACAGGCCAGCAGGGUUGUACGUUGAUGCAGACAUGCUACAUUAUUCGACCCGAAUUUCGCAACCGCAAUGGGCCUGACCAGUCCCGCAAGGUCGGCGCACUCACCGACUUUGUGCUGAGUUCCGUGACAGGUAGUAUCAGUGCGAGCCACCAAAUGAUUGAGAACGUACUUCUCACUGGGGAUCUUAAGAAAGACUAG